AGUGGUGACGUUUGAUAAAAAAAAAAAAAAAUAUAGAAGAUUCAAAAAAAUAAAUAAAAAAUAAAAAAACCAUCGUUGGCCGUUACUAUAAUUCCUUCAAGUUGCAUAUUCUCAAUAUGAAGGUGUCUAACAGAAUAGAUGAUGUUCAUACUUUUUCUCUUUCUCUAUUUUUAUUUAAAUGGGUAAACCCCAAUUUGUAUGGUAAGACUCAAUUUCCAGUAUCUCCUUUCCUCACGCACUCUUUUUUUCCAAAUCUUAAUUAUCUUUCUUCUUUAAGUUUUCAUAAACUUUGCAUCUUGUAUGUGAAAUUUGAGCGACAGGACGCGCAUUUGACUUCUAUAAUCAUUUUUGUUUGCUAUUAUCAAUAUCGUAUAUUUAUACUAUCAUAUCUCACGUUAUAGAAGUACUUAGUUUCCAAAAACAUUCGUUAAAAAAAAAAACCAAAGUGGAUUCUGAAGUAUGAACUCAGUCUUUGUACCAACAGUUCAUCAAGCUGCUGGCCAUAAGGGGAGUCUUACGGCUGAAAAUAAUGGAACGGUUUUUGCUAAGUUAACAUCACAACAAGAGAUUGACUUUUAUACAGAAACUCAAAUCAUCACCGAAGAUGAUACUGCCAUCGAUGAUUCUCCAUUAGGUUCACAUUUAAGUGAUUGGAUGCCUGUUUACAUGGGCACCUUGACUAAAAGUGAUGUUGCUGCACAGAGUCUCCCAGCAUCUAAUCCUCUUUUGAUGGACGGCAUUAUUCCUCCAAUCAUUGCACCAACAACUACAACAACAUCACCAUCAUCAUCAACAACGGGAAUUCCUCCUUCAGUUGACGAUAAAAAAUAUAUAGUUUUACAAAAUUUGUACUAUGGUUACUAUAAGCCCAGCAUUUUAGAUAUUAAACUUGGUUCCAUCUUAUACGAUGAAACUGCAAGUCAAGAAAAAAAGGACCGUUUACAAAAGGUAGCCGAACUGACCACUAGUGGCUCUUUAGGUUUCAGAAUCUGUGGGAUGAAAGUAUAUCAUUCACUGAUAGACUCUCCUAAACCGUCGAUCAAUAUCCCUCCUAUCUAUGCGGGGAUUGAAGAAUCUAUCAAUGUAGUCCCAGAUAUUGAAUCACAAUCUGUUUAUUUGGAAUUUGAUAAGUUUUAUGGGAGAUCACUUGACCAUACGAAUAUCAAACAAGGAAUUCUUCUCUUUUUCCAAUCAAAACUUCAUUCAAAACUUACGCUUAAGUUGAUUGAAAAUUUCUUAAAACGUCUUCAAGUUCUCUAUAAUUGCGUUUUGGAAUCAGGGGCAAGAAUGAUUGGUUCCUCGUUGUUAUUUGUAUUUGAAAAUGACCUGAUACGAUGGUCUACUGUGGAAGAAAAUCUCGACAGGUACGAUGAAUUUGAUCCACUUUUAAGAGAUGAUUUCUUUGCAGAUCAAGAUAGUGAUGAUGAAGAUGAAUACAGUGCUCCCUUGAGUAGUUUGAAUAUUAUAGACUUUGCCCAUUCCAAAUAUGUCAAGGAUAAGAGUCACGAUGAAAGUGUCUGUCAAGGUUUAGAAAACCUUAUAAAAGUAUUUGAAGAGAUUAUCACAGACAUUAAAUCUAAUACAACAACUUUAGUUUAAUUAUAAAUAUAUAUAUAUAUAUAGAUCUCUUCCCAUAAUGUCUACAAUUUAUUAAUAUAUUUGGGGAAAAAAAAUUAAUUUGUAUAUAACUGUCGUAACUACUCUAUUCUUUC